AUGAUUAUCCCGGUUCGCUGCUUCUCCUGUGGAAAGGUUGUUGGCGACCUUUGGGAACGAUACCUCCGGUUCCUCGAUGACGGCCUGAACGACGGUGAAGCUAUGGAUCGCCUUGGACUCAAUAGGUACUGCUGUCGCCGCAUGGUUAUGACCCACGUCGACCUCAUUGAGAAGCUUCUGAAAUACACUCCCGAUGGCCGCGACGCGAAGAAGAACCACCUUGCACCCUAA